GCGCCUAGUGAAUAGCCACGUCAUGUAAACUUAGCAGUGGAGCAGCUGUCAGCUAAACCCAAGAAGGCUUGAUUUAUUUUCAAAAGACAGAUUUUGUUUCGGCUUUAUCAGGUGGCAGGAGUCCUAUGGAAAGAUGUCAGAGAUCGGGGACUGGUUCAGAAGCAUCCCUUUCAUCACCCGGUAUUGGUUUGCUACUUCGAUUGCUGUUCCGCUUAUCGGUAGACUAGGAUUGGUUUCUCCUAUGAAUCUUACGCUGUCCCCGGGACUGGUGUUUCGCAGAUUUCAGCUCUGGAGACCAGUGACAGCAACCCUUUAUUUCCCUAUUACCCCACAAACUGGGUUUCUAUACCUGGUCAACCUUUACUUCCUCUACCAUUACUCCUCUCGGCUAGAAACAGGAUCAUUUGAUGGCCGGCCUGCAGACUAUGUGUUCAUGCUCCUUUUCAACUGGAUCUGCAUUGUUAUAACUGGGCUGCUGAUGGGCAUGGAGCUGCUGCUGAUCCCGAUGAUCAUGUCAGUGUUGUACGUCUGGGCUCAGUUCAACAAAGAUACGAUCGUGUCCUUCUGGUUCGGAACUCGCUUCAAGGCACAUUAUCUACCUUGGGUCAUCCUGGUCUUCAACUUUAUAAUCGGAGAGUCGUUUGUGAAUGAGCUGACAGGCAACCUGGUGGGCCACCUCUACUUCUUCCUCAUGUUCAAAUACCCCAUGGACCUGGGAGGACGCUACUUCCUCUCCACACCAGAGUUCUUAUAUCGGUUCUUUCCUAACACGAGAGGAGUAAGAGGGUUUGGAGUUCCUCCACCCAGGAGACCAGUUCCCCAGGAGCCAGCAGCUGGAGGAGGAGGACGACGUCACAACUGGGGACAAGGCUUUCGCCUUGGGGGAGAAUGAGAACUACUCUCCUUCAGCUCCCACUAACAAACAGCUGGGCAGUUGAUUUUUCUUCGGCUAAAAUUCUUGCUUCCUCACAUUUUCUGUUUGAGAGGGAAACAAAGAAAACUUUACCCCAUAUUUGAUUCACAUGUGUGUGUCUGUUAGCUUUUAAAAGAAGCUACAGGAUGAAAUCAGAGGAAGUGUGUGUUUUAACCAGAACUGCUCUGCACUGGAGGACUCAGACUCUGGCCAGCUCGAUCGUUUUUACUACUGCACGUGUGUCCGUGAAGCCCACAGGUAUAUUUUCUAUCGUAAUACUAAAUGCCAGCCUCUCAUUUCCACCUUUCCUGUCCUCUUCCGCCAUCUUUCUCCACGACUUGCCAUCGGACUGUGGAGAUGAGAGAUGUUGCAGCUGCACACACGCAGGCUGUUGAUUUGGACUCCUCCCUCCCUGUGAUGCCAUAUCAGAUUACAUUGUAAUUAUCAAUGCGACGUCAGCCAUCCUUCAGCAGCAGGAGAAGAGUGAAGCUAUUUACAUUGUGUAGCUCCCAGGUCUGAGUUUCCAGUGUGAAAUAUUUUUGAGCCUUUGGGGCAAAGAGCUGGAACCUUUUUCUGUCAUAAGACAUGAUCAAAAAGAGGUAAAAGUUAAUUGUUGCUCUUUUUUUUUUUUUUGUAAAUACAGCUGUUUAUUGAAAAGACGA